AUGCCGACUAAAGUUCUCAGGGUGUAUCGAUAUGACCCCAGAACCUCAACGUCAAAACAGAAACAGAUCAUUGAAUUGAGCGCGGAUGAAGUAAAAACAUUGAAGACACUAAGUGAUGUCCGAGAAAUUCUCAAAGACAAUAAUGUGUUCGAUUCCAAGGACUUCAAGAGCCCAUUCUGCGAAAAGGAUGGCUCCGAUGUCGGUAACGACAUGAAAGUGGACUUAUACUUGGCCCUCAUGGGCAUCAAUCCGGCCGACACUACUAAGAUAGACGUUUAUUUCAAGACCAAGAAGAUCUUCACCAAACUCGAUGAGUCUACUCGGGAGUUUAUCAAGGAAAAGCUGGAUAGCAAUCCACCGGAAGUGAUCAAGAGAAAGCCCGAACUUUUGACUUCGUCUUGUGAUCCGAGUUACUGGAAAGCAGUCCAGGGAAAGCUUAAUCAUGCCGCUGAUCUGACUGAGAGAGAGUGGAGUGUCAUCACAAGGGCAAACUGUCUCUUGAGUGGACAUCACGUGGUUACAGAUUUGGAUAACACCCCCCGAAAGAUUGAACGAAGCGUAUACAAUGCAUUCACAUUGCGCCCUCGCGAGUUCGAAAGCUACGAGAUUUCCUCUGCCAAUCCAGAGCAAGACAGUAAGCAUCACGAUGGCGAAAAAUACAAAUUUCGUAUUCCUCGCUUUAGAGUGGAUGAUGACUCCUCCAUUACGGUAGUCGAGACAAAAACUGCAUUCGAGAAGUCACUUGCCGAUAGCUGCUUCUCCGAAGGCUCUUUUCAGGUUGCAGCAGCAGCUGGUAUUGGUCCAGUCUCAGCAGGCAUCCAAAUCGGUGGUGGAGGCAAAUCUGGUAACACCGGCGAAGGCACUAAGGAGAAAGAAGAAAAGUUGGUGGUCAACUACAAUGCACGUUUUCCUCGCGUCACGCUUCAUUGGGAUCCCGUGUGUCUCGAUGUCACUGAUGAAUGUCUAAAGGAUAUCAGAAACGUCAGAAACCGCGACACACUAAGGGAAUUCAACAACAAAAACGGGGUCCUUUUUGCUCGCCGAGUCCAACUGGGAGGCCGGCUCUCCUGUUCAAAAGCCAAAUCCGCAGACAGCAAGAGUAGCUCCAAGGACGAGGCCAGCAAGUUCAAAGCCGCGGCUGCAGCUUCGAUCUCUGCUGCAUUUUACCAGGCUUCCGUCAAGUCCAGCUACGAGACGCAAGAAAAAAGACUAAGGAGUCAAAAGAGCAGAAUCUCAAGAAUACUAUUGCUUGGGAAGCUACGGGAGGUGAUACACUUUUGUGCAACAACCCUCCCAGAUGGUGCGCCACCGUCGGUUAAUCAAGACGAGGCAGUCUCCCUAUACCAAUUCUUAGCCUGCUUCCCAAGAGUUGGACCGGAGAUUAUUGAACGUUUUGAGUUGAGUGCAGAGGACGAGUUCACUGCUGAGAAGGAAAAGGAACAUGAUAGAAGGCAGGCGGAUCGAAGAAAGAAAGAAGAGGAACGGUUGAAGAAGGGUCCACGCCAGGUUUUUUCACUAUUUGAGCCCGGUUCAGGACGCUACAUUCAUGUCGAGAAUGACAGCAACGAUCUCUCCAAACAUAUCGCAGACGAAUACGAUUCUAAACAAUACCCAGACAUUAAAGGUCUUGUAGACACUGUGGAAAAGCCCAGGGCAACAAUCAAAUGCAUUUCCACAGAGUCAAACAAAAGCACCGAAUUUAUGGCUAGCAAGCCAUACGACAAGUAUGAAAAACAGGCUCUCAAAUUCGGGCAAAGCUUCGAAGUCCAAUCACGCGGCCAUACCCAUCUCGAAUGGCUCAAUGCUACCCCCACAACUCCUGAGCUGGAGAAUGAGGCAAAGAUACAUCGAUGGAUCUGGUUGUUCGAGGUUCCCGGUGGCUCAUUCUGCCUUUGGGACGCGAAUAAUCCCGAUAACACGGGCUAUAUCAAGGACGGCGCCUCAGUUUACGUCGGCUUGGAUAAUUACACCAUUGACGAGAUAACAUCACCAGGAUUCCUCACGUUGAAGGAAUGGGUCCCUGCUCAAAGAGGGAGGUACUGGUUUGAGCCUAUAAAAUUCAUUUACAAGACCCAGAAUAUCGUGGAAUCUUGA